AUGAAUUUCUUAAUAACGAAAUUAAAAUGGACGAAAGGGACGCGGAUAACACAAUAUGUAUUUGCAAUUAUUAUUACAAUUCCGCUGCUAAGCUUCGGUAUGGUGCAAGGGUGGUUGUCACCUAUGAUAUCAGUGCUACAGUCUGAUGAUGGACCCUCACCGAAGCCGUACACCAGUUCUGACAUCUCCUGGAUGGCCUCAGUCACUUACAUCACAGCCAUCAUCUUUGGAGCUCCUAUGGGGUAUCUAACCGAUAGAUUUGGAAGAAAACUGAUGACCCUAGUGACAACUCUGUCGUUAAUUAUCUACUGGCAGAUCAAGCUGCUGAGUCUGGAACCGUGGGCAUUGAUCUUGGCCCGUGCAGUCGCCGGUAUACCUUGCUCCUCUUGCUACAUUGUCCUCCCCAUAUAUCUGAAGGAGAUCAGCGAUAUUGACCUACGAGGGGCUUUGGGAUCUCUUCUCAUUUUGAAUAGAAACAUCGGUUACUUGAUGAGCUACAUUGGAGCAGAUGUGCUGAGCGUCAACACAAUGCUGUGGCUCGGUCUGCUGGUACCCACAGUGAUCUUCUUCAUCUUCCUCGCCAUGCCAGAGACACCUGAAUACCUGGUCAAGCAAGGAAAAGUCGAUGAAGCCAAAACAGUACUAGCCUGGCUCCGAGGAGUGAGCGUAGUGGACCGAGGCGUGGAGCAGGACAUCGAGAGCAUCGUCAGGGUGGACAAGCAGACACAGGCUGACUCGCAGUCCGUCUGGAAGAUUAUUUGGCAAGACAAACCAACCUUCAAAGCGUUCAUUAUCACAAUAAUUAUCAAGAUCACGCAACAGUUCGAUGGGUACCUCAUAGUACUGAUCUACGCUGGUUUCGUCUUCGAACGAGCUUCAGAGUCCAUCAGCCUUAAACUCAGUCCCAACAAGCAAGUUAUGCUGAUCGGAGUGGUUCAGUUAUUGGGUUCCAUCGUCGCUACUUGUAUUGUGGAGAAGACCGGUAGAAAGCUUCUACUAGUAACAACAUCGUUCGCCGUUGGAGUGGGUAUGGUGGUUCUAUCAGCGUGGUUCUACAUGACCUCGUCAGGGUUCUGGCUGCCGGGCUGGUUACCGGUCCUCGCCAUGUGUCUCUGCAUCUUCGCUGAUGCUGCAGGCUUCCAGCCUAUAUCAUAUAUUAUCAUCACUGACUUGUUUACGUUCCAGCUCCGUGGCAACGUGUCAGCCUUCGCGAACGUGUGCGCUAAGCUCAGCAACUUCAUUCAAACGAAAUGGUUCACCAUAAUCUGUGAACUGAUCGGUAUACAUUGGACCUUCCUAUUCUUCUCUGCAAUCUGCUUCAUCGCUUGCUUCUACACGAUCAUCUACUUCCCCGAGACCAGAGGCAAGACUAUCGAUGAAAUCUACUCCAAACUCUCAGGUAAGGCCAAGAAAGAUGACAGCAGAAUCGAGUCUGUACCUUAA